AAUAAUAGUGGAUGUCGUUCUCAAUCACAUGCUAGGCGUGAAUCAAAAAUCGGGAGUAGAUGGACGCAGUUCCAGUGCCAACAGCACCUUCGACAGUCACGAAGAUGUGGAAUACUUUCCUGAUGUCCCAUAUUCGAAGAAUGAUUCCAAUGAUUACCGCUGCACAAAGGGAAUUGAGGGCGACGAUUAUGGCAAUAGAAAUAUUAUUUUCGGCCCCGAUGAACGCCCAUUUGUUGUCUUUGAAGUCAUCGACAGAGGCGGUGAAGAUGUUCAAUACAGCCAAUACACUGACAUUGGCAG